AUAAACGAUGGCUAUAAAACCCUAAAAAAGCGUAAAUUGCUUCAUCUUUUUUAUGACCUGUUCUCGCUUUUUAGUCCCUCGGCUCUGCGCACAAUGGCGGAUUAUAGCGGAGCUAUCUCACUUUCUCAAGCGCACGUCUCCGACGAUGACUCAUCGGAGCACAGCCCUAGGAGUGUCCCAACUUCUCCUGCAUUUUCUUCCAAGUCCAAAACUCCUACCAACAUGAUUGUCACCCUUGAUCAUCACCAUCACCAGAGGAAGCCUAGAGGUAGGCCUCCUGGAUCCAAAAACAAGCCUAAACCCCCCAUUGUUAUAACCAGAGACACUGGCUCUGCUAUGAAGCCUGUCAUUCUUGACAUCUCCGCUGGUUCUGAUAUUAUUGAUGCUAUUAUCACCUUUGCCCGUUCUAACCAUGUUGGUAUUUGUAUUAUCAAUGUUACUGGCUCUGUAUCAAACGUCACGCUCCGCCAUCCUGUUUCUCAAGCGCCUGCUCUCUCUCUUCAUGGACCCUUCGGGUUGCUCUCUUUGUCUGGCUCAUACAUUGCAUCUACUACCAUAUCUUCUUCUACUGAAACGUCACAAUCUUCUCAGCCAUCAAGCUCACCCUCGCCUAGUUCCUUGUCUCCCAAUCUGUCUUGCUCUUUUGGUAUAACUCUUGCAGGUGCACAAGGGCAAGUUUUUGGAGGGAUGAUAGGAGGGAAAGUAAUAGCAGCAACGCAGGUGAUUGUGGUGGCUGCUACUUUUGUAAACCCUGCGUUUCAUAGGCUGCCUUGUAAAGGUGAUAAUGAAGAUACUCAUCAGGAAACCAAGCAUUGUAUUCACGGUAACGUUGGUGGUGGAGCUUCUGGUGCAACCGAGUCAUGCUCUUCAACUGGUAUGUCCACGGCUGUUUACAGUUCACCAUGUCCCACUCCACUCAAUUGCCAGAUCUCGCCCGAUGUUAUGCCUUGGGGUCCACCCUCACGUCCCUUUUGAGUAAAUGAAGGACUUGUGAUAUUCUCGACAUAUAUACAUUAGUCAGAUAGAUUUUAGUUUUAAUAACAUCUCAAGCUCAGUAUGAGAACUAUUUUGGGGGGUUUUGAGCUUGUAUUCAUUUAUCUUUCCUUGAUAUAAUUUGAAUGAUAACUAGCUUUAUAUAUAUGCACUUUAUAAUAUAAUUACCUUCAUGCU